CAGCUGCAUCCUACAGCUGCCAAAUUGCAUUUUUAUGAAAUUAAUGGCUUCACAAUAAGCCAAAGUAUGGACGAAUACGAAGCGCAGCUGCUGGUGGUGGAACAGGCGCUGCUCAACACACAAGAUGAGGAACAACGAAGCGAACUUUUAGCAUUGCGACUAAAUUUACAAGAACUUUUGGCGCUGACACGACAGACUUCAGAUGAGGCUCCAGCGCCAGUUGACCAUCUGGACGAUGAGCUGCAACGUUUUCAAAGCGAGCUGCAUGAGUUGGAGGAAGCUGCUCCAACGGCAACGCAACUGAACGAGAAAGAGCAGCUCGAAGCUCUUCGUACAAAAUAUAAUGCCAUGCUGGGGGAGAAGUGUGCGGCUCCCCAUGAACAUGGCUGGGGUGCGCUGAGUUAUCAUAAUGCACUCAUAUGUGGAGUGGAUGACGAAGUGAUUGUGGACAGCAAUGGCGUGCUGGAUGUACGAUUGCGCGUGCUCUUCACCAAUCCCACGCAUCGCGAAAUGUUGCCAUGCAACUAUUACCUAGAGGGGGAAUGUCGCUUCGAUGAGACGCGCUGUCGCUACUCACAUGGAGCCCUAGUGCCGGGGGCUGCUAUAAGAGAAUACAAUGCACCCAACUUUCACAGACUAGCACGCAACUGUCCAGUCCUGGCCAAACUACAGGAUCGUCUAUGGCAUCGUGGACGUGUGUUGUGUGUGAACUUUGUGGAGCAGAAUUGCCGAGUGCGCCUGGAUGGGCAAGAACACAAGGAGCGCGAAAGAGAUUUCAAAUUUGAAGAGCUUUACCCGCUGACUACUGAGGAGGGGGAUGAUGACGAACUAUCCAGCACUGACAGUGAAGCCAAUCAUAGUGAUGAUAAUGUUCAAGAGAACGACUCCGAUUUGGACGAACUGGAGGCAGCGCGUCAGGCGCGCAUGGUAGAACUGAGCUUGUUUACAUUCAAGCCUACUGAAAGAUUGGGCGCCUGGGAGCAGCACACAAGAGGAAUUGGCUCCAAGCUGAUGGCUAAAAUGGGGUAUAUUCACGGUACUGGCUUAGGCUCUGAUGGACGCGGUAUUGUUACGCCGGUAAGCGCACAAAUUCUACCACAGGGGCGUUCCUUAGAUGCCUGCAUGGAACUGCGUGAGGCCGCCAACGGAGACAAGGAUUACUUUAGUGUAGAACGGAAACUAAAGCGUGCUGCAAGACGCCAACAGGCUGCCAAUGAGAAGGCCUAUGCGCGGGCAUCGAAACGCACGGAUGUGUUUAGUUUUCUCAACGGGGACGUGUUUGGAGGCCAGCAACCAAAUCCUUCCAAGAAGCAGGCAACGAACGAUUUGCAGCAGCACACAACCAAGACUCUAAAUGUGGAAGCUGUACGCGUGGCUGAUGACAUACGCCGCAAGAAGCGGGACAUUUCCAAGGUGCAGCAAUCGCUAGAGCGGAAUGGCAGCGACGUCCAACUGCAGAAACGUUUGCGCAGUCAACUGCAAAUGCAACAACAGGAGCUGGCCACACUUCAGGCGCAGGAACAUAGCCUAAGCAGGGAACAACAAACGCGCAAAACCAAGAAUAAAAUGUUUGAGUUCUGAGUAAGACUACACUUAUAUUAA